UUUCUCCAAGCUGGUUGCCCCUCUGUGGUCCUCAAGUUAGGGGUCUUUUUUCCCCAUGGGAGGGUCUCUGCCUUUCAGGGAGACCUGGCAUCUGGGUCUGAAGCCACUGUGUUGGUAUCAGUGGAGCUAAUGCAUAUUGAUGAGGAAGGCUGGGCCCGCAGCUUGUCGAAGCUCUCUGCAGAGAGGGAAAGCAGCUCAGUGCCUGGGAAGCGCACGGUUCCUGCACAGACAGACAGGCAGGCAGGCAGAGCUAGCUGCUGGCUGGUUCCCAGAACACAUUUGUGUUUUGUGUUUUCUUUUUUUCAUCUUUCCAUCCUCUGGGCCUGCCGAAUGGGAUGUUGAGCUGAGUUGCUGCCACACUCAGAAGUCAUCACUGUGUCCUUAGCCAGCCCAAGAUGGAAGCCCCUCUGGUAAGCCUGGAUGAAGAGUUUGAGGACUUAAGACCCUGCUACAUCGAUGACAGGGAUGAGAAAACCCACUGUUAUUAUGGAUCUUCCCCUCGGCACUUGGAAGACCCUUCCCUUUCUGAGCUUGAGAACUUCUCCUCUGAAAUCAUCAGCUUCAAGUCCAUGGAAGACUUGGUCAAUGAGUUUGAUGAGAAGCUCAAUGUCUGCUUUCGGAAUUACAAUGCCAAAACGGAGAAUCUGGCCCCUGUGAAAAACCACCUCCAGAUACAAGAGGAGGAAGAAAAUCUCCAGGAUGAGGAGGUUUGGGAUGCGCUUACAGACAAUUACAUCCCGUCUAUCACUGAGGACUGGAGGGACCCAAACAUCGAAGCGCUAAAUGGCAACAUCUCUGACACAGAGAUCCGUGAGAAAGAGGAGGAAGAGCUUAACGAGAAGAGUGAAAAUGACUCUGGUAUUAAUGAGGAGCCUCUACUGUCAGCAGAUCAGGUGAUUGAAGAAAUCGAGGAGAUGAUGCAGAACUCACCAGAUCCUGAAGAGGAAGAAGAGAUUUUGGAGGAAGAUGAUGGUGGGGAAACUAGCAGUCAGGCCGAUUCAGUCAUUUUGCAAGAGAUGCAGGUUUUGUCACAGACUUUCAACAGUAAUUGGUCCUAUGAAGGCUUGGGGCACAUGUCUGAUGUGGAGCUCUUAGAGCUGCUGGAUCGUGUCGAAGGCGCCAUCCGUGACUACUCGGAGGAAUUGGUGCAGCAGCUGGCUCGCCGAGAUGAGCUGGAGUUUGAGAAAGAAGUGAAGAACUCCUUCAUCACGGUGCUAAUGGAAGUCCAGAACAAGCAGAAGGAGCAGAGAGAGCUGAUGAAAAGGAGGAGGAAAGAAAAAGGGCUAAGCCUGCAGAGCAGCCGAAUAGAAAGGGCAACCCAGAUGCCUCUGAAGCGAUUCAGUAUGGAAGGAAUCUCAAAUAUCCUGCAGACUGGUAUCCGGCAGACAUUUGGAAACUCAACAACUGAUAAGCAGUAUUUGAACACAGUUAUUCCAUAUGAGAAGAAAGCCUCGCCUCCUUCAGUUGAAGACUUACAGAUGCUUACAAACAUUCUUUUUGCAAUGAAGGAGGACAAUGAAAAGGUCCCUACGUUGCUAACUGACUACAUUUUAAAAGUUCUCUGUCCUACCUAAGCUUUACGGCUUUGAGCAACGUGGAACCAACGGGAGACAACGAGGCCAGUGUGUCAUUCCAUCACAGGGACUGCAUGACAUAAUGUAAACUUUGAACUGUGUAUUUAAAGAUGUAUAGCAUUAACCUGGAUUAAACAUGAGCAAAAGUCUUUUCCUUUGCUGUCCGUUUCUAGUCCUAGUAAACAUUCGAAUGCAUGAGUGCAAACAGGUUCUGAUCGUCUCGUUCUCUCUUGCCCAUCUCCGUCUUGGGGAGGCAGUGUUUUGCCCCAUGGUGUGUUCUCAAACCAAUUUCCCCCCAAACCACUAUGAGACUAAUUUGUAUACUGAAAUAAACAUUUCUUUACUUAAAUACAAACAGCUAGCACCCUUCUUGGAGAGGUAGUUUCAGGAUCUGAUUGCUGGGUUUCUUAAUCUUCCUGAUAAAAGGGCAACCCCCCCCCAAUAAAACCAAAUUAAAGGAAUAGACGUGUUUACAUCUUUUUAUCUGGCCCUGGCUGUCAUUUACUCUGUGCCAUGCAGAAAUAGGAUAGAUUUUAGAGAGAGGGAAAGAACUCCCUUGAAGAAAAGGGAUAAACUAUGUAAAUAUAUAUCGGUAGUAAAUAUAGAACAAUUCAGGAUGUGCGGUCCCAUAUACCUGCAACUUUCUCACCGCUUGAUUCAUUUACCUCCAUCUGAGUAGGUCCUUUACCUUAUUGGGAUCAGGAGGGGUUUAGAAGUAAGUAUUAAAAGUACAUAGUGAUGGAGUAUUAAUAGGAUAUUGUGUGGCUCAAAGCUUUGCACAUUUCUUCCUCUAGCAGUUUAAUAAUACUACUUAAAGGGAAACAUCUGAAGAAAAGCCAGAUGUUCUCAUGUUUGUGAGGGCCACCAGCCAGAUGGAACAAUAUUUGGAUUGAAGCAGCGUCUGGUUGGUAUAGGAAUAUGAAAGUUCUACAGCUGCAUCAAACCCUUGUGUAUUGACCCCCUCCAAAGCAGCUGCUCCAUACAGCCCAUACAUUCAAAUAAACUCUGUUCAAUGAAUCCUGUCUCCAGGAAUACAUUUUUGUGAGGAAUGUCAUGUUUGACCUGAGCAGUAGGAGUGUAGGAACAGUGGCUUCUGGAAUUUUGGCUCAAAAUUUCAGAUUAUUGUAGCUCUUGUUAACACUGUCCUCAGCUAAAUGAUAGGUUUAUAGCUCAGUCUUAUCAUGACACUGGAAUAUUCAUACACGUGAGAUAUCUGCAACCCCUUGAUAUUACGAACAGUCUAAAUGCAGAGUUCUCACCCUAUCUUUACCCUUUGUGGGUUGGGUUCACGAACAGUCUAAAUGCAGAGUUCUCACCCUAUCUUUACCCUUUGUGGGUUGGGUUCCACCUGGAAAAGAUGAAUGAAAAGAUAAUGUUUAGGAGGAUCUGUCACUUUGUUGAAUGCUACUUACACAGUGAAAAGAAUGACACAGGAUACAGACAUUUGCUUUCUCUCUGCAAAUGUAUAUGGCUGAUACGAGGAUAUUGUUGUAAAUUGAUGUGAAGCAGCAGGCUUCUGUGGUCAGUAAUUCUGAGUUAUGUACUAAUGUAACAAGGUAUGAAAGAUGUGGCAAAGGAGUUCUCUGGGUAUGGACUAAUGUAACAUCCUCUCCAUCUCCCCAUAGAGAGGGCUCCGAGUGACUUGUGGGGUUUUCUUUUGCAAAUAAAGUCUGAUUUUCAACCCA